UCUCUGCCCAACACUGGCUGAUCCAAUUUAAGGAUGUCUUCAUCCAGAAUUAGCUUGUUUUGACCAGCCUGCAAGGCACCCUGGGAGGCUGGGGAGCUUAAGGCAGACCGGUAAGCAGCGAGGGUAUAAAAUGCAGCUCAUGGCAAAGGGCUGGACAACUUUAGAGGCUGCCAAGUGUGGAGAUCUGUAGCUCAGGAGGGAGCAGUUUUCAACAGUGAGCGGUGUUAGAACUUGUGUCCUGCAAACAUGGUUCUGGAGGAUUCUGAUGUGGAAAUGAUCGUUGCUGAGCUUGAAGUCAGCGAGCAUGAUAUUGAGACUCCUCAUGGAAGAAUCCAUUGCACGAUGAAGGGGACUCCCAAAGGGGAUAGACCAGUCAUCCUUACCUUCCAUGACAUUGGCCUAAACCAAAAAACCUGCUGGGACCCGCUCUUCAAUCAUGAGGAUAUGGCAGAAAUCAUGCAGCACUUUGCCGUGUGUCACGUUGAUGCCUUGGGUCAGCAAGAAGGAGCCAACACCUUUUCCACUGGGUAUGAGUAUCCCUCUAUGGACCAGCUGGCUGAAACCCUCCCAUUGGUGCUGAAGCACUUUGGCUUGAAGAGCGUCAUUGGAAUGGGCAUCGGAGCUGGCGCCUACGUGCUGACCCGAUUUGCUCUGGACUAUCCAAAUAUGAUGGAGGGGCUCAUGCUCAUCAACAUCAACCCAUGUGCUGCGGGAUGGAUGGACUGGGCUGCCCACAAGAUCAGUGGCUGGACCCACGCUGAGCCUGAUAUGAUUAUUACCCACCUCUUUGGAAAGGAGGAGAUCCACCACGAUCUGGUCGCUAGAUACCGCCACCAUAUCAUGAAUGACAUGAACCAAUUCAACCUUCAUCUCUUUGUCAAGGCCUAUGAGAGCCGGAGGGAUCUGGAUAUUGAGAGGCCGGUCCCUGGACAUAAUGCCAGAACUCUCAAGUGCCCUUCCCUGCUGGUUGUCGGUGACAGUUCGCCUGCCGUGGAUGCUGUGGUCGAGUGCAACACCAAGCUGGACCCAACAAAAACAACCCUUCUUAAGAUGGCUGAUUGUGGAGGCAUGCCCCAGGUCGACCAGCCAGGAAAACUGACAGAAGCUUUCAAGUACUUCAUUCAGGGAAUGGGAUACAUGCCUUCUGCCAGCAUGACCCGCCUGGCCCGCUCCCGCACCGCCUCUAGCUCCAGCGUAACCUCCGACGGCAACCGCUCACGCUCCCACACCCAUGACGGCAACCGCUCGCGCUCGCACACAAACGAGGGGAGCCGGAGCCGCAGCCACACGACUGAGCACGGCCACACGGAUGGCACGGCCAACAACAACGUGGACCAGCCUGUGGCUAAGUCCACCGAACUCUCCUGCUAAACUGACCCCGCCCUGUUGCUGCAGACAACACGAACCUCUCACGGUCCCUUCAUGUUGUGCUGCGCUACCUCUUAAUUUCACACAUACACUCAGAUUCCUACACACUUAAACAGAUAGGGACACUAAGAUGGCAUAACGGGAAAUGUAAAAAAAACCAAAAAGGCACAAAGGAUUCUCGUCUGCAGACCUUCCACUGCAGCUGAGAUGCCUAAAUUUGAAAAUCAUUAGAAUAGAAGGUAAUGGUCAACCGUUUUUGUCAUUCAGGGAAUCAUACAAACACAAACACACAAAACAUCUGCACUCUUUAGUUGGGCAGGGGAGCAAAUGGAGGCACCGCAUCAUUUGUGGACACCAAAACGGAGAAUAUCAGAAAAAGCUGUGGCUAAGAGAACUCCAGCUUGUAAACUAUUUCUCAUGCAUUUAAAGCAGAUUUAUAAUCCAGCAUUCCUACCUUUUGUUUUUCUCUACUUUUACCAUAUUUUGACGCAGCUUUCUCUAAUUUACCCGACUGUAAAUGUCUUGUGUUGUUUGUAAUUGUCUGAUCAUUUACUCUUAUUUUUUUCAAGUGGUGUCGUUUGUGCAUAGGAGCAGAUUUGUAGUUAUGAGGGGAGAGAAUAAGAAGGCACUAGAAUGGAUGAAUCAUGAAGGGUUCAUUGUAUCUGUAGCUUCACAAAUGUAAGGGAGAAAGUUUCAGGUUAUACUGUAAAUAAUGGUAAUUUCAUUCAGCUGAUGUUAUCUCUGAGGUGUUGGGUUUAUUUACUCUUUUCCCCCUUACAAUUUUCUUGCAAACUUCUAGUUUGCGUGUGAAAUAUGACUUGAAUUAAGACUGAACAUUUUUGAGAACAUUUCACUAAGAAUUAGCUUUAAAAUUAAUUAAAAUACAAAUUCAUUUGAGUUUUUCCAUCAUAUAUACUUUAUUUCCUUCAAUUUUUUCCCCCCCAACCUAUAUGUACUGUCUAUGCAAUCAAGCAGAAAGGAACAAAAAAAAAAGUGCCAUGAAAUUGUUCGCUUUCGAGAUGUGAUGCUCCUUUGUGGAAUUGAAUUUGUGGGGUGAGUGCAGAUAGAGAGGUCCACAUGUUGGCAUGAGGAUAGCCAUAGAACUUACCCGAUACCACUUCCUGUAUUUUACUUGCACUACAGCAAUAUAUCACUUUGCAGACGAUAUAAACGCAGCUUUGUAAAGAUGAAAUGCACAAACCAUCUAUUGCUGUAGGGAAAAAAUAGCAUUAAAAUGAAAUAACUGUAUUUAUUAAAAAAAUGACAAUUAAAAAAAACCUGUAACAGA